UUAAGCUUUAGGACCCAUCAAAACAUCUUGGAGAAAGGGAAGCUUCGGUUUCUCCAGAAGGUUGAUUCAGAUUUCAAGUGACUCAUUAGAAGGAGAAUAAAAUGAAAGGUGCUGGUUCCAUUACUGUUUUGUUGCUUUUGAUACUUGUACAAAACAGUUGCCAAAAUCCGGUGCAGGACACAGAGGAAACAUCCAGCACAUUGGAGAAGCAAUCAAACCCAUUGGAGGAUGUGAAACGCCAUUCUGAAGGCACUUUCACCAGUGAUUACAGUAAAUACAUGGACAACAGACGUGCAAAAGACUUUGUUCAAUGGCUAAUGAGCACGAAACGAAAUGGGAGCAUUUCUAAGAGAUACAUUGAACCGACCAGACACACAGAAGGGAUCUACAGCAAUGACAUAAGAUCUUACAUGGAGGCGAAGGCAGCAAAGGACUUUAUUAACUGGCUAAUAAAGGGACGUGGCAGAAGAGAGUUUCCCGAAGAAAGUAAUGAACUUUUGAAUGAAGUGAUCCCUGAAGAAAUGGACAGAAGACAUGCUGAUGGUACCUUCACCAGUGAAAUUAAUGUUGUUUUGGACACCAUUGCUGCCAAGGAGUUUUUGAACUGGCUCUUAAACUCCAAAACUGUCCAGUCAAGGGACUCUGAAAUAGAAUUCUUCAACGAGUACAAGUAA